AUGAAAGAUCCACUUAUAGAAACGGUAGUCAUCCUGAUUUCUGAUGAGAAUCAAUUUGCAAGGCAGUGUGGCUUGAAAAUGGAUGAGGCGCAAAAAAAAGGUACUGAAGUUGGAACCAACAAGUAUUCAACAGUACUAAUUGACCCUAAGAAUGUGAAGGCGAAUCGGUUGCGCACAUGGUGUAAAUUUAAUGUUGAACCUGUGGAUUUUGGGAACAACUUGAUUGCUUUUGCAUAUGGACCUAUAGCCAAGAAAUUUCUUGGUUUAACAGCAAUGGAACUUUUACAGAAUGAUGAAAAUAAGAAAAGGGCGGAAGCGGUGGCAGUAGAAGAGGAGGGAGAGAAGAAGAGGGCCGCGACGGCUGCAGUAGAAGGGAAGGGAGAGAAGAAGAGGGAGGUGGCUGUGGUUGGAGAGGAAGAGGAGAGAGAAGAAGAGGGCGGCGGCAGCGGCUGCAGUAGAAGAGGAGGGAGAGAAGAAGAGGGCGGGGUGGUGGCGGCGGCUGCAGUAGAAGGGGAGGGAGAGAAGAAGAGGGCGGCAGCUGUGGGCAUAGAGCUAAAUGUCGAAGAUGUUCAGUCUCAGUUUAAUGGCAAAGUUUUUCCCAUCAACAUUAAGGUCAUUCCACCCAAGAACGAAAAUGAUGUUGUCCAUUACACUAUAAUCUAUCUUGUUGACAAGCAUAAUUCCUCUCUAGAUGAAUCAUCGACACGAGGUUAUUUUUCUACAGAUUUGGGCUCUGGAUCUGAUGUUCCGGCCACUGUUGCAGGAGAUAGUCCCAAUGAAUUUACUGCAUGCACUGAGGAAUACAAAACAAAAAGUCUUGUCAACAACAUUCUGUCCAGGACACAUGAGGUGCUCAUAAUCAAGAUCUUGGCUCAUAGAAAUGCUCCUCAGUGGAAGUUGAUUAUUGAAGUGUAUGCUUCAACAUAUGGAGAAUAUAUUCUGAAAGAUUUGGAUGCUGAACUUCCGAAUGACUUUCAACGUGCAAUACUCUUAUGGACUCUUGAUCCAGCUGAAUGUGAUGCAGUCUUGGUUAAUGAAGCUACAAAGUGGUUAACUUCUACCAAUUGGGUCAUUAUGGAAGUUGCUACUACCAGGUCUUCACAAGAUCUCUUUAAGGCUAGGCAGGCUUAUCAUGCUCGCUUUAGGAGAUCCCUCGAGAAAGAUGUUGCAUAUCACACAACUGAUGAUUUUUGUAAGCUUUUGGUUCCCCUGGUUACUGCAUUCAGAUAUGAGGGAGAAGAGGUGAACAUGAUGUUAGCCAAGUCCAAAGCAAAAAAACUGCAUGAGAAGAUAUCUGAAAAGGCUUACAACCAUGAGGAGUUGAUUAGGAUUUUGACUACUAGGAGCAAAGGCGCAGCUUAA